CCCUCGUGGGGAUCCGUCGCACCCGCCGGCUGUUUGGCCGCAGCAACAUGGCGGCGGUCUCAAUGUCAGUGGCGCUGAAGCGAGCGUUGUUGGGGAGAAGGGCACCGGCCACAGCUGCCGCUUCCACUUCCACGGUGCUGACCAGGUUGUUGAGCACAUCCACAUGGAGGUUGGCCCAGGACCAAAGUCGGGACGCGCAACUUACAACAGUUGAUGAGAAGUUGGAUAUCACUACAUUAACUGGUGUUCCAGAAGAGCAUAUCAAAACCAGAAAAGUUAGGAUCUUCGUUCCUGCUCGCAAUAACAUGCAAUCUGGCGUGAACAACACCAAGAAAUGGAAAAUGGAGUUUGAUACGAGGGAGCGAUGGGAAAACCCUUUGAUGGGUUGGGCGUCAACUGCUGAUCCCUUGUCCAACAUGGUUCUCACCUUCAGUACCAAAGAAGAUGCAGCUGCCUUUGCAGAGAAAAAUGGAUGGAGCUAUGAUGUUGAAGAGAGGAAAGUUCCAAAACCUAAGUCCAAGUCUUAUGGUGCAAACUUUUCUUGGAACAAAAGAACAAGAGUAUCCACAAAAUAGGUUGGCACUGGCUAGACUUUGUGCUUGACUGAAUAAAGUCAUGUGUGCAGUAUGUAUAGUACAUGUGUACAUCUCCUAAUCCAAUAAAUUUGACCAUUAAACUACAGAUA